AUGACGACUACUGGAAAUCCCUACACUUAUUAUGUUCCAUCAAAAGUAGCCGCUAUUGUUUUCCUCAUCAUCUUCAUUACUUUCACGGUUCUCCAUCUAUGGAAAAUUUUCACCACGCGAAAAUGGUUCGGCUUUGCCUUAGUAACCGGGGCCCUUUUUGAAAUCGUGGGGAUGCUAGCCAGAGCCUACUCCUCUGAUCACUUACUAGAGAAGGGGCCGUAUAUUAUCCAAAUUCUGUUGAUCCUCCUUGCGCCAAUUUUGUUCGCGGCCGGUAUUUACAUGUUUCUCGGCCGUUUGAUAAGAGCCACGGCAUAUCCCCAGUUGUCAUUGAUCCGAAUCAACUGGCUCACGAAAAUUUUCGUCUCGGGUGAUGUCCUCUGUUUCCUGAUCCAAGCUGCAGGUGCCGGCAAGCUUGUGGGUGCUGACACAAGCGCCGAAGAAGAAACUGGAGAGAACAUUAUUUUGGGUGGCCUGGCUCUCCAAGUCCUAUUCUUCUGCGUUUUUGCUGCGUGCGCCAUUCUUUUUCAUGUUCGAACACGACGAAACCACAUCCUGAAAUUGGUUGAUCCGAGACUUCAUCUUGAGCCGAUGCUUUACUCUCUAUAUCUAUGCAGUAUUUUGAUCACAGUUCGCAAUGUUUAUCGAUUCAUUGAAUACAAAAGCGGGACUUCGGGAUAUCUGGAGAAACACGAAUGGCCGCAAUAUGGACUAGAUGUCGCUCUCAUGGCGAUUAUAAUGGCUAUUACGGGCAUCUGGUACUCGGCGAAUGUCAAUGAUUCACGCCCCGGUGCUUACCCACUGCAUCAAAUGAACGGGGGCAUUUGA